GUUCGAAAGGUGGUUCAUUUCCUUGUUUUGAAGAAAUAAAUUCUAGAGGAGAUAGAUUUGGAAACUGUGGUUCUGGAUAUUGUUAUUUUCAUAAUAAUCUAUGUGGAAAAUUAGUUUGUACAUGGCCAUUCAGAGAAUUAGUUUCACAUCCAAAUUUAUCUGUGAUUUAUGCACAUGUGAGAGAUGAAACAUGUGUAUCUGCAUAUCUACCCAUACCAAACACUGUUAAUGAAGAAAGCCAAGAAACGUUUGUAGCAGAUGGCUCCAUGUGUGGUCCAGAUAUGUAUUGUUCAAAUAAGGAGUGCAAAGAAGUUAGGUUCCUGGUCAAUACUACCUUGUGUGAAAAUACUAUGAAUUGCAAUAAACACGGAAUUUGCAAUAAUUUUAACCAUUGCCAUUGUGACAAAGGAUUUGCUCCUCCUGAUUGCUCAGAGAAAAAAGGAGCAUUUGGAAGUAUUGAUGAUGGACAUCAGCAUAAGACUGGUUCGUAUCUUUAA